CUGGCACGUCAAACGUCAACUUCGCUAAGUUAAAAACUCGCAGUCCUCGUCGAGAUCUAUUUCUUUUGUUAAUUUCAUAUAUUCGAUUUUUUUCGAUGUGAAAUCUUCAAAAAUGAAAAAUAAUCGUCUGCAAAUGUCAAGAUUAAUGCAUCGGACAGUGAUGGUACCGGUUCUUCUCUUCUUGUUGGCAUAUCUUUGCCARUACUGCAUUGCUGCAGCAAAAUGCAGUCACACACAAGUGGAAAUAUGCAUAGACAAUGAUUUCACAUUAUGUCUUUGCGUAAAUUGCAUGAAAUGUCCUCGUGGAGAGGGUUUUCAACCUCAAUGCAGUAGCCAAGUUGUCAUGCAAGUUCCAAAGUGUGUUAAAUGCAAGCCAGGAGUGACUUACUCCAACAAUGACGACAUUGGAUCAUGCAUUCCCUGUCAUAUUUGUGAGGGGACAGAUAUGUUGCAACMUUGCAACUCAACACACAACACCAUCUGCAGUAAGGACUGUGCUAAAGGGUUCAAAAGRAGUCCUGUUACUGAGUUAUGUGAGAAAGACAUAACUCAUGAUAUCUGGAAAAAAAUAAAUCUGACMAARCGGUCUGAAGACAUCGUCAACAAAACGUCAACUCUACACAGUAAGAUCUCACCAAGUGCCACAGCUAAGUCUGUUAUACAACACCAUAAGAGCCAAUCAAAAGACCUUUUUCCAAUAUAUAUUGGAUGUGCACUAGGGUUAGCYACUAUUUUUGUGAUAGUCUGGGUUGUGCGUGAAUAUAAACACCUGUUCGCAAACAUGUGCACAUUUGUAACAAAUUGUCUGAGAAAUAUCACAACAKCUAGCUCAACAGUUUCAAGAAUGGCAUCUUUGGGUGAUGAAACUCUGGCACUCACUGUUCCUGACAUUUUAUUACACAGCAUCUCACCUAAUUUGGAGCGCUCCAUAUCAGCURCAAUCAGUAAGCCCAGUAUAGUAGUGAAAGGCUGGCGAGAUAUUGGGCACGAGUAUGGAGUAACGAGGCAUGACCUAGAUCUCAURGAAAUGGCCUWCAGAAGUAAUAAUUCAACCCCUGGACAAGAGUUAUUACRGAAAAUUCACACCAUCAAGCCAAAUGAGACAUUGGGAAAUUUCGUUAAGAUUCUUGUUAAAAUGAAGAGAUUUGAUGUCAUAGAUUUGAUCAAAAAGGAAUAUUCUCAGUGAGAGGUGACUGUGAUUUUAUCCAGUCAAGAGAAGUGAUAUACUAAGUGAAAAAUUUGACUUAUGAACAAAUUGUUAUGUGAAUUAUAUUUUCACACUAGCAUAACAUCAUCAUCAUCAUCAUCAUCAUCAUCAUCAUCCUUGGCUGGGAUUGAGUGCACAACAGACUUACACCACAGUCAGACAUGGCCACAGGAAGAUCUCACAAUGGCUGCAAGUUAAAUCAUGUCCAGUAUGCAGUCUUUUGAUAGUUGUUUAAUUAUACUAACUUGUGUUAAUCAAAAUUUACUUUAAUUAAUUUUUACUGCAAAUUKCUGGUAAAUGCAUCAAUGACGAUCUGAAAACUUUCCACAAAUCAUAUCAUAAUAGAGCAGAGUCACUUAAACCAUGAAAUAGAAACUAAAUAUUUAGUAACUAAUAGGCACUAUUUAGACACUAUCACUGAACCAGAACAAGACAAAGAGAUU